CUCGAGAUUAGUAGUACCUCGUCCUCAUCACGUCCACUCCCUCUUAUAUAUUUCACCAAGAACCUCAACUUCUUUAGAAAUUGGAAUUAGAGAAUAUUUGCAAUAAUAUUAACAGCUAGCUAGGAAUGGCGAUUUAUAAGGUUCAUGGGAUUCCAAUGUCCGCUUGCACAGCUCGAGUUUUGCUUUGUCUCCACGAGAAAGGUCUUGCUUACGAGCUCCUUCCGGUUGACUUGGCUGCCGGGGCUCACAAACAACCACCUUAUCUUUCCCUGAAUCCAUUUGGCCAAAUACCUGCUUUAGAAGAUGGCGAAGUCAGUCUUUUUGAAUCGAGGGCUAUUAACCGGUACUUAGCACACAAGCACAAGGAUGCCGGGACCGAUCUUCUCCGGUCAAAUAGCCUAUCGGAGUCGGCGCUUGUGGACACAUGGAUGGAAGUGGAAGCACAUCGAUUUAAUGGUCCAAUUUCAGAAAUUCUCAUCCAAAUAUUAGUCAAUCCCAUGUAUGGGAUGGCUAGUGAGGAGCAAAAGAUCGAGACUGAAAUGGGGAAGCUAGGAAAAGUGCUGGACGUGUACGAGGAGAGGUUGUCGAAAUCUAAAUACCUAGCAGGAGAAAGUUAUAGCUUGGUUGACCUUCACCACAUCCCCACACUUGUUUACUUCAUGACAACUCCCAAAGCCAAUGCCAUAACUUCUCGUCCCCAUGUGAAUGCUUGGUGGAAUGACAUUUCCUCGAGGCCUGCCACCAUGCAAGUUUCCACAAACAUGAAGUUGUAGAAGGUCUAGGAAUGUGUCAAACCUUGUUUUUUCGUUGAUAAGCAUGUUCGAGCAACUUGAAUGCAGUCUUGUGUCUCGGUCUCCU